AUGGUACUCCGCGCUCCAAGCUUAACGCGAAGCUUACAUCGCGCUUCCAGAGCAGCGAAACUCACAACAUCGACACCAAGGCAGUUGCCAGUCUCGUCGUGUCGCGAUGCUUCGACCCUCAGCCCGUCCUGCAGCGCAGCCACGGUCUUUCAAAAGCACCCCCAGACCUUGACGGCAAAGCGCAUCCAUGCAUCUUCAGGGGCGAUGAUGCGACGAGCAGCUUCAACCAAAUCCACCACCUCAGAAACCAGCUCUUCCUCCCUCGUCGGAGCCCCCGACACAACCAAUCACUAUACCAUCUUUCCCCAAACCCUUCCCGCCGGACCCCCUCCGCACUCGCCGUUCGAAGUCUCCGUGAGCGACCUGCGGCGCGAGUUCUUGCAACUACAGGGCGCAGUCCACCCGGACAAAUACCCCUCUGGUGCGGAAAAGCAACGCGCCGAGGCGCUCUCUGCCCGAAUCAACGAGGCUUAUCGGACUCUGUCGGAUCCGCUCCAGCGCGCGCAAUACCUUCUUCGCGAGUGGCACGGGAUCGACGUCACGGCGGAGGAUGCAUCGACCAAGCAUGCUCUGGACGCGGAGACGCUGAUGGAGGUGAUGGAGGUGCAGGAGACGAUUGAGGAAGUGGGUGCGUCACCCGAGGCGGAGGUUGAGAUUGAGGCGUUGAAGGAUGAGAAUCAGGAUCGUAUUGCCGGGUGCGUGAAAGCGCUGACGGAGGCAUUUGAUCGUGGUGAUGUGGAGGGGGCGAGGGUUGAGUGUGUCAAGUUGAGGUUUUGGUAUAGCGUUGGAGAGGGCUUGAGAGAAUGGGAGCCUGGGAGCACGGAGAUUCGGUUGGUGCAUGGGCAAUAG